AGGAGUUCAAAUUGUCAAAACCAGAGCUCAUCACUCGCGAGAUCUAAAGUGUGAAGAGCUCAGCAGCAGGGUUUUGUCAUUUUUUGUUUCUUUUAAGGUACACAGGUAGUGACCUAUUUCUAUUUUGAAAUGAGCAAAUUUCGUUUUUUUUCACUGCCCAUUUACAUUUGUGAAUAAAUAAUUUUCUCUCUCGCAAUAUACCAAAUUGUAAAGUCAACAAAAUGCUCAUAAAAAAAAUAAAACAUAAUUUUCUUUAAGUUGCGACAGAGUUUAAAGGGCUUGGCUUUGGGUUGAGCGGAGUACCUAAAUCUCGCGAGGAUAUCUGCUCUGAGGAGUUUAGCGGAGUUUCAACUCUCGCGAGAGGUGGUAUAAUAAGGGCUUUGGCUCUUCAGGGUUCAGCCUGCGGCUAGCUGAGAUCCCGUUGAAAUGAAUGAGAGAUGAGGAUGUAAACAACCUGUUCAGUGAUGAUACAGUACUGCUGUCGCUGGAAAUACUCGGGUGGCAGACUGAAGCUGUGAAUAUGAGUGAUGAUAAACCGUUCCUCUGCACUGCUCCUGGCUGCGGACAGCGAUUCACAAAUGAAGACCACCUGGCGGUGCAUAAACACAAGCAUGAGAUGACCCUGAGAUUUGGUCCAGCACGCAAUGACAGUGUCAUCAUCGCUGACCAGACCCCGACACCGACCCGUUUCCUGAAGAACUGCGAGGAGGUCGGGCUGUUUAACGAGCUUACCAGCCCCUUUGAGCAUGACUUUAAAAAGGCCACGGAGGAUGACAUUAAAAAGUUGCCUCUGGACUUGUCUCCCCUUGCGACUCCUGUUGUUCGAAACAAAAUAGAGGAGCACACACCCAUUGAGUCCCACCGAGACAGCCCCCUUCCCCACCCCGAGUCAACAACCACUGACGACAAGGAGGUUUGUUUGCAGCCGACCUCUCUUCCUCCGUCCACUAUAGUCCGUCCUGCCUCCCUCCAAGUCCCCAGUGUACUUCUGGCCAGCAAUGUUAUUCAGCAAGCUCUCCCAUCUCCAACAUCUAGCUCUGUUAUAACCCAGCUCCCAUCCUCUAGUAGACCAAUAGUUCCGGUGUCCGGCACGUUUCCGGUUCUCCUGCAGCUGUCGAACGGUCAGACGAUGCCGGUCGCCAUCCCAGCCACCAUCUCCAGCAGCGUGCACAUACCCACUGCCAUCCCUCUGGUCAGACCAGUCACCGUAGUGCCUAGUGUCCCUGGAAUCCCUGGCCCCUCCUCUCCACAGCCUGUCCAAUCAGAAGCCAAGAUGAAGCUGAAGGCGGCCCUCAGUCAGCAGCUCCCUCAGGUAAGCAGCGGCGAUACAGGUGACAUCCAGAGCAGCUCGGCCAGCCAGACUCCGCCCCCGGCCCCGCCUCCAGCCGAGGAGCCCCGCCCACAGUCACUCCAGCAGCCGGCUACAUCCACGACAGAAACGCCUGUGUCUCCGUCCCAGCACACCUCCAGCACCGGCGGGCGGCGGCGGAGGACCACCAGCGAGGACCCAGACGAGAAGAGGCGCAAGUUUCUGGAGAGAAACCGAGCGGCUGCGUCUCGCUGCAGGCAAAAGAGGAAAGUCUGGGUGCAGAAUCUGGAGAAAAAAGCAGAAGACUUGAGCAGCGUGAACGGACAGCUACAGAGCUGGAGAAGGAGGACAGCGGCGGGGAGAUGUCUGUUCCCAGCAGCCCACAGAACGAGGCCAUCCAGCACAGCUCCAUCAGCACAUCCAACGGCCUCCGCUCGCUCGCCUCGGGCCCCGCCGCAGACCACAGCACAGAGGAGGAAGACGACUCCUCGCACGCACAGUCUUCAGGAAGCUGAUCCGGCCUCUGAUUGGUCGCGUUGAUCGCCGGCAGCCAUGAUGAAACGAGGAGGAAGAGAGACGAGAGAUCCCUCUGUUCUCGAUCAAGAGUUGUGAGGUUGUGUAGAAACUCUAGUGAUUGUGUCAUGGUUUCUCCAUUUGUGGUGUGUUUGUAGAGGAUCGGGACGGAGCGCUUCACGAGUGUCCGGAUCCGUAGCGAGAGGACCGAGACUUACCGAAGCACCAUCAGAGGCUCGAAGAUGGAACAACUGGCCACUUUAUAAUUUAUUAGCCUUUUAUAUUUUGCACACGAAGGGAGGGAAAUGUGUUGUUGUUGUUUUGAAGCAGUUCCAGCUUUAAGACAAAUCUAGAUGUGUGUGAAUGUUUCAGACGGAUCCUGGCAUGGUAAAGGAAGACUUCUGACAUGAAUGAUUGUUCAUGUUGUGAUAUGUGCCAUUUAUUUGGUAGCAGGUUAUUGAAAUUACAAUAACACACUUCCACAGUUCAGUUAGAAUGAGGUUUAGGUGAAAUCGACUUGCCUGAGAGCUUUUCAUGGACUAAUUUUGAUAAGAACCGUAAUGCUUUUUUAUAAGUGUGUUUUUCUGCUUAACUUGCUUUGUAUCUGUGGUGUCUGACUCUUAGAAACAUUGAGAAAAGGUCAUGAGUUAAUUUCUUUCUGAUUACAGUGUAAUUAAGGAAGCAUUGUAUAUGACAUUAUGAUGAAAUCAUUGUAUGUGAUCUCUUCUUGGACAAUCACUUGAACAAACCUUUACAUAAGGCUUUCUCUGUUUUCAGCAGUCCUGUCUCUAGCAUUAAACUGAAACGGAUGACCGAUAUAAAACACUAGUAAGUUCUACUAUUAAGUUACGUCACUUAGUGACAAUUACUAAGUAAGAAAAUAGAUGAAGUCUUUCGUUAUCAUCCUCUUCUCUCUAUUGGCUCACUACUGUGUAGUUCUGCAAGACUUUGCUGCAUUUCGUUCUGCUCUCAAGUCAACUUGAUUUUGGUUUCAAAGGUAGAUUUGUCUUGCCGGUCGUUCUGUGCUUUACAUGCAUGACUGAAUUCUCUUGAGAGAGUUUGAGCGGUGUUUCAACCAUGUCUCUGUUGCAGUUGAACAUCUUGUUACUCUUAGAUUUCCAUGCAGGAAAGGGCAGCUUUACGAUUGGGGUUUUGUUCUUAUUUACUAGGUCCACUUUGGAGAAAAAAGGAUGUGAUAAUUAUUGUGUUGACGGUCAACUUAUUAAAGUUAUGUAUAAAUGAUAAUAAAUGAAUAAAAUGUUGUAAUAA